GUAAAACUUUCUAUUUCGCCUGGUCCUUGUCGCGCCGCGGCUCCCCUUCCGAGCUGCCACAGUUGGGGCGAAACCGAAAUUCGCAGGCUAGGGUUUGCUCCGCGUCGUGUCCACAGUUCGCCACUGACGCCGGGAUGCAGAGGUACGGGCUGCAGCUCCGCAAAAAGCCGGCGGCCUCCUCGUCGUCUCGACCGCCACCUCCGGCGCGCCCCCUGGCGGCCUUCGCCGACGACAGCGAUGACGAUGUGGAGGCCGACAUCCUCCGACAGUCAUCGAAGAAACGCGCCCUCGAGAAGGUGGAGGAACUGCAGAAGAAGGCGAUGGAGGAGGAUCCCUCGGUGUUUGCCUAUGAUGAGGUGUACGAUGAUAUGAAGGAGAAGGCCGCUCGGCCCAAGAUGCAGGCCAAGGUUGUUCGCGAGUCAAAGUACAUUGAAGCACUUAAGGAGAAAGCAGAACAACGUAAACGAGAACAGGACAUAGUGUAUGAGAGGAAGCUUCAUAAAGAGAGGAGCAAGGAAGAUCACCUGUUUGCUGACAAGGACAAGUUUGUAACAUCUGCCUACAGGAAGAAACUUGAAGAGGAGAAAAAAUGGCUAGAGGAAGAAAGACGACGGCAGCUUCAAGAAGAAAGGGAUGAUGUAACUAAAAAGAAAGACUUGAGUGAUUUUUACUUUGGGCUUGCUAAGAAUGUUGCUUUCGGUGCACGUACACAUGAGGGUACAGAAACUACAGAACCUGAAAAGUUGGAAAAUAAAGUAGAAGAUAUUCAAGGUAGCAAGUCUGAUGCCGAAGGAUCCAGUCGUUCUCCUAAGCGCAGGAGGGAAUCCAGUGUAGGAUCAGAGAAGGCUCAUGGAAGUAGCAGCGUGGCAGAACCUGCAACUACUGGAUCAAAAGAUUCAACAGCUGUUAGAUCUACUGAGAAAGAGGCAGAUAUUUCCACAUCUGCUUCACAGGCUCUCCAGAAUACUCAACCAGCACCAAUCACCGACGAGCACUACAAGAGGAGUAACGAUGCACUUGCCGCUGCUAGAGAACGAGCACUGGCUCGUAAGAGAGCGAAGGAGCAGCAAAUAUGAAGAUGCGUAUAUUAUAAUCUCAACAAGCAAAAGCUUAGGGCUGUGUAAUAUUUGACAUUUGUUUUCAACUUGCAUCAUUUUCAGUGGAUGAUGCACGCACCUCUCUUGCAUAAAUAUAUUCCCUAGGUUCCUGUAUGAUGGUUCCGCUUCUAUGGUGAAAAUAUCUGUAUAUCCGCAUAUGACAAGCAAGCAUACUUAGACAUCAGAAUGGCCAUUCUGCUAUGCAUAAUCACGAGAGGAGAGGCUAAUGUAGCCCAUUAUAUUUACUGAAUUUUUGUCCUGCCAAAAAAGGAGAAAUACCUUGGUUCAGGCAGGCUGAUGGCAAUCUGUGCCCUUUUGUGUGUUCCACUGUAAUCUGUAACUAUGUAAUGACUCAAGCUGGUAGUUAUUUACUGGUCGGUGUUGAAUCAGGGAUAUUGAGAUGGUGUAUGCCUCUCUCAAAUAAAAAAGAUGUAUGCAGAUUUUUGAUUUUCCAA